UACUGAGGUGGUGGUGGCUGCUGCGGAGGUAAAAGCAAGUGUUCAUGAAAUCACCAAAAGGUUAUUGGAUGCAGCCGCCGAGGAAGCGAGGAACCCAACGACGACGAGUGCACCGAUAUGCCUGGAGGGAUUGUACGAGUCUGUGUACAAUGCGAGGUGGCAUCAUGUGGUGGAAGUUUCUGGCGGCGAGGGGACGGGAGUGGAAGUGAGGGAGGGGGAAGCACCGCAGUCAUGGGAUUACAAGAAAGUUGACGACACCCUCGAAAAGGAUGACGGUGUGUGGCAAUCCGGUGCACCGCGUCCCAGGCUGAUGGUUCUCACCUCGGAGAAGGGAUGGCCGUACUCGUGGAGAUGGAAGGAGAAUAAAUCCACUCGUGACUGCCACGUGAACUGUGAGGUGGAUCGAGUGUGGCAGAUUGUUAAGGGCGAUCUCACCGAGUGGUUCAGCAGUCACGGUGGGAACGACUUUGAGCCCAAGCAGCGUCUGUUGAUUGGGACGCCCGGGAUCGGGAAGUCGGUGGCUGCCGGCUCGUACCUCCUCUACCAGCUGCUGCACUAUGAUGCGGAGCAGCUCCCAAUGGUUGCGUACGUUGUUGGGAGUCAAUCAUUUCUGUUUGACAAGACCACCAAAACGGUAUCAACAUACAGGGGUGACCCCAGGAUUGAUGAUGUUGUAAACAUUUUUUCUUUGCGUGGGGUUAAGGGGUAUUGUAUCUACGAUGCGACAUUGGCAUGUCGUCAACCGCCUGCUGGUUUGCCUUGCAGGGGAUGGGGCAUGAUUGUGGUGACACCACCAGACAAAAACGACUAUGAACGGUGGGCAAAAAAUGGACGCUACUGCAAUCGUAACGAAUUGUCCCGAAGAAAACGAUGUGAGGGCAAUGUGCAUUUGGAUGAAACGCAAUCGGCCCCUGCAGGAGCAAGCGGAGUACUGGAGGGAGGUGAGGGGUCGCAUG